AUAAAAUAACAGUGAUAAAUGAGAAACAAGCACAGGCGUUUGUCCGCAGUGAUGACACAGGGUGGUGCCCCCCUAUUUAAACUGUAAAUUUUUCAGAAAACUAUAUUGUUGUCUUGUUUUGAAAAUAUAUUGACUUCCAAGAAGAAUAUUUAAAUAAAUUGAAUAACAAUUCGAUUCAGUUAAAUAAAUAAAAUAACAAUGAUAAAUGAGAAGGAAGCAAAGACGUUUUGCAGGUAAGUAAACUCAUAAAAUGGGCAAACGAGCAUUAUUUCUCCCAUAUAUAUAAAUCAAUAACAGCUAAGCAUCAUUAAAACUAAGCACCAUUAAAACUAAGCACAGAAUUGGGUGAGUUUAUAUUGUAGUAAUUGAGGAAAAAGGGGAGAAGAUAGAAAUGCUGCUCAAAUCGAUAAUACAUUUCCUCGCUAUGAGAGUUGCUGUAAUUCUUAGUCAACCUAUUUCUCAAGUUGUAUUGAAAUGCAUAUACCGUAUUUUCAAGGGUAAAACGAAGCCCGUACCAGCUAUUGAUAACGAAGUGCUUCUGAUGUCUGCUACAAAACUGGCAGCGAAAAUUCGCAAACAGCAGAUAAAAUGUGAAGAGGUUAUGCGUGCAUACAUUGACAGAUCCCGUUUAGUACAACCCUAUAUCAAUGCUAUCGUUGAUGAAAGAUACGAUAAGGCUAUAGAAGAAUCCAAGGAUGUUGAUACUUUCCUUCAAAAAGGAGAAAAGACUGUUGAAGAAAUUGAAAGAGACACGCCAUUGCUAGGCGUUCCAUUCACUUGUAAAGAAUCCGUUGGAGUCAAAGGUUUAUCACAAACAGCUGGUAUUUAUAAAGAUAAAGGUAGAAAAGCAGAAAAGGAUUCUGAUGCUGCUGGAUUUUACAGAGCAGCUGGUGCUAUACCUGUAACUGUAACCAAUGUUCCAGAGCAAACUAUGUGGUGGGACAGUGCAAAUCUCAUUUAUGGCAUCACCGAAAAUCCUUUCGAUCACUCCCGAAUACCUGGUGGAAGUUCAGGUGGAGAAAGUGCUCUUCUCACAACUGGUGGAGCUGUAAUUGGUAUCGGAAGUGAUAUAGGAGGAAGCAUUCGAAUGCCAUCUUCUUUUUGUGGUAUAUACGGGCACAAACCUACAACAAGUGUAGUAUCGAAUGCGGGGAAGCGUCCAUACCAUGAAGUUCACAGUAAGAAAGUAGAUCACAUGGUCAGUAUUGGUCCAAUGUGUAGAUAUGCUGAAGAUCUUCCUCUUCUUUUAAAAGUACUGUCUGGAGAUGAUCGGAGGCUGAAGUUGCACAAUAAGGUAAAUUUCCAUAAAGUUAAGGUGUAUUACAUUGAAAGUUUUCCAGAUAUACCCGCCGUCCCAGCUAUAAAGCAAGCAAUUAGAAAGGCAGCAAGUUACUUUGAAGAGCAGUAUGAAAUAAAAGCCAUUCCAGUAAGAUUCGCAGAAUUAAGGAAUACCUUCCGCAUCUGGGAAUGCGAACGUGUAAAACAUGAUUCGCCUCCACUUAAAAACUUCAUAGCAGAAGGCAAAGUCAAUGUGUGGGUGGAGCUUUUAAAGAAAUUCUUACAUCUUUCAGAACAUACAUUUCCUCUCAUCUACUUUUCUAUAGCCGAGAAUCGGGAGAAGAAUCAACAAUACUAUGAUCUUUUGGAACAAUGUGAAGUAUUAAAAAAGAAAUUCCAGGAAAUAUUUGAAGAGGACGCUGUACUUUUAGUUCCAACACAUCCUGAGCCACCACCAUUUUAUCAUUUAACUACACCUAAUAUUUUUAACGUUGGCUACACUGCCAUUUUUAAUGUCUUGGGAUUUCCUUCGACUGCUAUACCUGCAGGUAUGUGUGAUGGGUUACCCAUCGGUAUACAAGCGGUGAGUGGACAAUUCAAUGAUCACUUGACUAUAUCUGCAGCUAUGGAGCUUGAUAAAUUGUUUGGAGGUUGGAUUAGUCCGUGCCCAGUUGCGAACUUUUAAUUAUAUGAAGAGUCAUUGUCAAUUCAAUCAUUCAAUGUCUGCAACAUGUCAUCAUACACCGAAGAGCCAUUACAUUAUGACCAUCCCCCAUCUAUAACAACAUGAGCUCGUCCAGGUUUUCAUAGUUUCUCCCCCAGGAACAAUGUUUUCAUGGAGCACAAUAGGAUCCAUAAUCCUCAUAGAACAAUCCCUGACGCCUAUCAGCUACUUGAACAUAGUUGCAGACCACG